AUUGGCGUAUCGCGACGUCCGCUGCGGCCUGUCCGCUUCGCAGUCGUUCGGGAGCACGGGACCCUCCUGGCUUCCCGCUGCCACCGAGUCACGACGUGUAAUCCCUAAAUAAAUAAUCGUCACAUCACCGACAACCUCAGCCGAUCCAAGCGCCAGUCGAUAAGAUAUAGCUCGCGUACAAGCACUUAAACUUUGUAAUGAAAAUGUGAAAACUCGCGAACGAGAUAUGUCGAAAUCUUUAGAUGAUAUACCAAAGAAGUACGCAGAAGAGGAGUCAAACAUGGACGAGGACAGUGAAGAACCAGCGGGAUGCUAUCGGAGAAUGAUUGUUUGGUUGCGGAUCAAUCCGAAUCUCGUUAUGUUGAAAGUGACUUUGUUUGUGAUGUACGGGGCAACGGCGUCUCUCUUGCCUUAUUUGACAAUACACAUGCAAAGUAUAGGACUAACUGUGCCAGAAAUUUCUUUUGUGUAUUUAGCAUUACCAUUCACGACAUUUUUAAGUCCACCUAUAACCGGUUUUCUAGUCGAUCGUUUCGGAGAGUACAAACCAGUAGUGAUUACGGCCCUCAUACUGAACGCUGCUUUCCACCAUUCGCUGCUUUUGAUUCCACAUCAAGAGACCCCAGGAGUGAUGCCAUCAGCUUACGUUAUGCGACAUCCCAUUAAAAGGAGCGUUGAGAUUUGGUGGAGUCCAUGUCCUAGCAGGGAAUGCCCUGAUGAGGAUGAACAAGUGGACUUCGUUCUUGACAGAUGUGUUGACCACUGCAUGUUAUCAAGACCUACUGAGAGACCUUCGAGUGAUCCAGCUGAUGAUAAAGACGAUCUCAAUUUUCAUAUAUCGCACAAGAUUCAUCCACCGAAUCUAUCCAACACCAGUUUCCUUAAUAUUACUGAUGAAGACGAAGAUUACAAUGAUGCAGCAUUCUUUUUGAUUGAAGUACAUGACGAUUUAGGGGAACCAAAAGAACAACUUGGAAUCGAAAUGGAAAGGGACGACAAUGAUACAGUAACAGAUUUCAGAUCAAGGUUUGGCGAGAAACUUCUCCUUGCUCAAGGAGUAAAUAUUACAGCGCUUGAUAAGGAAGAUUUGAGAUGUGGCGGUCUUGUGAUGCUGCACAAUAUGACCAAACUUUCGCAACAGCGUCUCGAAACCUUAUCGGCUGACUGUAUGGUGCAAAAAUGCGACUUUAGAAAAGGUGGCCCGGAUAUUUGUCCCCCAGAUUACAAAGAGAGCGAUGAUAAAACAUUUUACAUUUACUUCUUUCUACGUUUCAUGGGAACUAUUAUGUUAUCAGCCGGCGUAACGAUUAUGGAUCCAAUUGCCUUGAUGAUGAUUCAAAAAUAUGGCGGUGAUUUUGGUAGAGAGAGAUUAUUUUCAAGUAUUGGAAUGGCAAUUUUCUCUCCUAUAACUGGCAUGCUCAUAGAUAUGAGAAGUAAACAAGUUGGCUACACGGACUAUUCAGCAGCUUUCUACACUUAUGACGUUUUGUUGUUGAUAUCAGCCAUCACCGUGGCUGUGAUGCCUCUCGGAGCGAAGUUACCAGCUGAUAAUUUGCUACACGAUUUAGUGAACAUAAUUAAAAUGCCCCACAUCAUAGUAUUCAUAUUUUUCCUUUUCGCUCUUGGAAACUUCUGGGGCUUCAUUGAGUCGUAUCUCUUUUUAUAUUUGAAGGAACUCGGAGCACCGAACUUUUUACUCGGUAUAACGGUGACUGUGGGUACUUUGAGCAGUAUUCCCUUCCUGUACGGAGCUGACGCCAUCACCUCUCGCAUCGGCCACGUCAACGUCAUCAUCGUGGCCUUCUUCUCCCACGCAGCCAGACUAGUUGGUUAUUCGUUUAUAGAAAAUUCUUGGUGGUGUUUCCCAUUUGAAGCGAUGGAGUCGUUAUCUGUCCAUUUGAUGUGGGUCGCCGCUGCCACGUACUGCGCGAUGUUGGCACCCAAGAGCUUAUUAGCCACAUUGAUAGGUGUCCUCGGGAUGGCACAUUUUAGUUUGGGUCGAGGAAGCGGCAGUUUUGGAGGAGGUCUGUUGAUUGCUUCUUUGGGGACUAGAGAGGCGUUCCGUUACAUGGGACUCAUAGCGUUUCUUGGCGGUGUUCUGUACGGUCUUCUGCACUAUUUCUGGCUUAGAAAAAUCAAUAUGAAAAGUAUUCAUGAUGUCUCCGAUCCAGAUACUGAAAGUGGUGAAGGAGACAAAUUGAAUGGAGAACCUCUACGCAAAGAUGCAGGGACUAUGGUAUCUCUUGAGAGACUGCAUAUAAUCACUCGUUUCAACCCUCUUGGUUCAUUGCACUCUUUAUCCAGAGGCUCCAGAGCAAGGCUUUCCCAAGGCGACAUAAACGAAUUAUGCCGUAGCCGUAGCGGCAGUAACAGUCAGAGACGCUGUAGCAAUAUUGAGAUAUCUCCCAAAACACCCCAAGGCUCCGCAUCUAAAGUGGAUCUCUUGAGAUCUGCGCUGGAGAUCAACCAUCACCAUGGCAGAGGACAUAUAUCCAACCCUGUACUAUCCAGUCAGAAUAGACCCACGCAUCAAUAUAAGCAAACAGCGCGCCCAAGCUAACCCAACGCAACAAUAUAUCCCAACCCGCACUCUCCGAGUACGACCGCCGGAGAGACUCUAUUCCAGAGGAAGCUGAAGAGGACCGCCUCGCGCCAGCUCCUAAGCCCGCGAAGACAAAGAGCGACCACUUACCACCACCACCCACAUAUGACGAAGCUACGAGAGAAAAACGAAAAAGUUGGCAUUCCGACGAUAGCACGCCGACUUAAUCACAACAUUCACAACUAAGGAUUCUUAAAGUAAACAUUUACUUAGAUAUUUGACAUACCUAAAGAUAUAGUUUUAAUAGUCAUUAUUUUGAAAUUGUAUCCUUUUUAAUAGAAUUUGUAUGAUAAUAAACAAAUAAAGGUCCGGAGUAAAGGAAAAACACACUUGCGCGCCCGAGUUUAGAAGUAAAAAUUGUUCUACGGUUGAGAAUUAAUCACACCGGCUAUUGUUUGUGUACAUCACAAUGGCCCAUAACGUUCUGCGUUCGUACAUUAUAAAAUCAUAAAAACAUAGGUGUUUUGUAUUUUAAAUGUUAAGUUUUUUACAUAUUCUAUUUAAAUGAAAUUUAUUUAUAGAGUUUCGCAACCAUUUUGGUCUGACGAAAUAAUAUGAAGACUAUUUUUAUUUUAUUUUUAAUUAAAAAGACAUCAUAUUAUGCGUUGAAAAUGUAGUAAGGAUGAUAAAAUAUAAAAGAAUUAAAGGAAAGAAUAAGAGAUGUAUAUGUUAUACUGUUUACCCAAAAUAUGUGAAUAGAUGUGACAUUUUUAUUAAAGUUUAGAACUAUAUAACUAUUUUUAAAUUUUGACUUAGAUAUAUAACUAAUAAUAUAUAUAUAUAUGCUUUCAUAAUUUUUAUAUAUAAUUUUAUUUAAAUAUUUGGGACAAAGACCCCAAGAUAAGGCCCACGGCUCCGCACGCACAAACGUCUAAGUCGACAAACACGAAUUAUAUUCGCGUUAUGCUUUUGCGUGACUGAAAAGACUUUGAUAAGGGCGAGUAAAAAGUGUGAAAAGGUGGUUUAAAAAUAUAUAUUUUUUACAUAAAUUCUACCAAAUAAACUUGCAAUUUAUUUAUUUAUAUUAAAGUAAUAACAUUUUCUUUGUAUUUUGGAAAGUUCAUCCUUUUUUGAAUAUGUUACAAUAAAUAUCAAUGGAUUUAUAUAAGAAAAAACACUUUAUACUUUUUACUCGUUUUUGCGUUCAAAGAUAGACAAGAGCUAGGAGCAAGGUCUGGGUCGGCGACUUAACUGCAAGUCAAAAUAUCGUUUAGACAUGUAAAAAAAUCUAAAAAUAAUAUAUAUAAUCGUGAAAGGCUGAAGCAUAUAUUUACUAUAAACAAAUAAUACCAAUAUGUAACUUUUGAAAUUAUUAUUAUACUUAAGUACAUAACAAAACCUUAAAGUUUAUCCUUAUUUUAAUAUGUUUAAUUGUUUUGCAUUAAAUAGGUUUUAUAUUUCGUGCGA